AUGGAUCUUGUCAAUCACCUAGAAGGACGGUUACUAUUCGCGAUUCCCAAAAGCAAGUCAAUCCUCGAGAAUAUAAUAUCCCCCCUCCUCCAUCUGCACCAAUUCGGCUACUUCAAAAAGGGGCGCCUCCAACAAGCAGCCAUUGACCUUUUGGCGGGCUCUGAUAUCCAAUUCCGCCGCGAAACCCGCCUCGACAUCGCCCUAGUAAAAAACCUUCCAAUAGCCCUAAUUUUCCUCCCCGCAGCUGAUAUACCCACCUUUGUUGGCGAAGGCGGUGUCGAUCUAGGAAUCACUGGUCGCGACCAAGUGGCCGAACACGACUCCAAUCUCCUGCCAGGUGAGGUAUCAGGUUUGGAGGAGAUCCUCGAUCUGGGAUUUGGCGGGUGUAAAUUACAAAUCCAGGUCCCCGAGAAGGGAUCAAUUACGGACCCGAAGGAAUUGAUUGGGAAGAACGUUGUCACGAGCUUUACCGGUCUGACACAAUUAUAUUUUACGACUUUAGAGGGGAAGGAGAAGCCCUCCACGAAGAUUAAGUACGUUGGUGGAAGUGUAGAAGCUGCAUGCGCACUGGGGGUUGCAGAUGGGAUUGUGGAUUUAGUCGAAUCCGGCGAAACUAUGAAAGCUGCAGGCUUGAAGCCCAUCGGCACAGUCGUCGAAAGUACUGCCGUCCUAGUCAAAUCCCGGAACACAAAGAAUGAACUCGUAAACCUCAUCGAAUCCAGAAUACGUGGUGUCAUCACUGCCAAAAAAUACGUCCUUUGCCAAUAUAACGUUCCGCGGUCCCUGUUACAAGCUGCAUGCGAAAUUACUCCUGGUAAGCGUGCACCAACAGUAACCCCCAUCGAUGAUGCUGGCUGGGUUGCAGUGAGCUCUAUGGUGGAGAAGAAAUCCAUCGCCACCGUCAUGGAUAGGCUGACCGCUGUUGGUGCGACGGAUAUAUUGGUAUUGAGUAUUUCUAACUCGAGGACCAGAUGA